GACAUGGUGGGCGAUCUGACCGCCGACCCCGUCGAUGAGGCGCGUGCGAUCGCUCUGACGUGAAUCCACGCGCUCGCCGUGCGCUCGCUGUGGCGCGACCUUUCGAUCGGGUGAGGGACCUGACUCGCCGAAAAGCGAACUGAAGGGCUCCCGCGUUUUUUUUUCACUGUCAUCACUGAUCGUCGCGCCGCGCACGGCGCGCGCGUCGUUCGGCCAUGGGCGGCGCGCUGAUCCCGGUCGUGGACCACGAGAAGUCCUGGACCGAGCGCGGGAACGAGCAAGACGCCGCGUCGAAGGCGCACAGGGCGUUCCAAGACCCGCACUCGCUCCAUCGCGGAAGCGCGCCCGAGAACGACGUCGCGCGAGACACCGGCGUCGGCGUCGUCCGCAAGGGGACGUCCAAGCUCGUGAAGAACGAGAAAGGGCAGUGGGUGAAGCCGCGGCACGAUCGUCCGAUCGUCGUCGGCGACGCCGCCGCGCCGAGCGCGGAGACGGCGGGGAAGAGAGACCGCGAUCGACCGGAGCGGUUCAUCCCCGCGAAGGCGUGGGUCGGCGAACGCUCGGGGUAUUACUUCGCCCGCGGGCGCGAAGGCGUCGGGUAUUACGCCGACGACGCGCAGGGGGACGAGCGGUGGCGCGAGACGUGGAGACGGCUGAAAGAGAAGGAGGCGGAGGCGCGAGAGGCGAGGCGCGAGGAGACGCGGCGAGGAGGGGAGGAGCGGAGACGCGAGGACGCUCGCGACCCGGACGACUACCGCGGCGGAAAACGGUACGGCGGCGACCGCGGCGACGACUACCGCGGCGAGAAGAGGCCGCGGGGGCGCGACGACAGGCGCGACCGCAGCCGCGAUCGGUACCGGCGACGGAGCCGGAGCCGGAGCCGGAGUCGGGACCGAGGCGGGGACGACGACGCGAGACGCCGCGGCGGCGGCGGCGGCGACGGAGACGGAGAUAGAGAUAGAGACAGAGACGGCGGAGGAGGAUCGAAACCGAUGACGAAGGCGGAGAAGGAGGCCGCGGCGCUGGCGAGGCUCGCGGCGAAGCGCGGCGGCGGCGGCGCGCGCGUGGGGGGUAUCCCAGCCGCGCCGCGUCCGGGAUCGGGGUUUCGCGGCGGCGGGAGGUCGUUUUGA